AUGUUUGAGAAGAGGGCCCUUUUGGAUGGAAAACGCGUGGUUACCAUAUACUGGCUGAACGACGUCUUAGAAAAAGGUCGUAUGACUCCUCCAGAUGAGAUUAUUCACCUACCUUCCCCAUUCUCUCAGGAAAUAACGUUUUCAUUUCUCAGAGCACAGACCAUUUCGGUAUCCGGCUUUGAAGGACGAGAACGUGCUAAGGUCAAACUUCUAAUUCUCCAAUUGGGGGCAAAAUUUGAUGAUUAUCUUGAACCUACCGAUACACUUCUGGUUUGCAAGAGGCCUGAGGGCAAGAAGUAUGAAAUGGCCCUCGUAUGGGAUAUUCCUUGCGUCAACGUGCGUUGGCUUCAAGAUAUUUAUUUGGGGGAUCUUCAAACCCUCUCAUUAGAUCUUUCUCACCGUUAUCUAUCGUUCGAGCCAGUAGACGUCACACUAACUUUGGACAAGUGCUCUCCUCGAGUGCAGGACUUAAUCUGGAUGGCAGAAGCCGAUUGUACUAAACCAGGAUUCCUGGACGGUAAAUUUACUUUUGCUCGAUCUAGUAUUUGA